UUAUAAGCUGCCAGGAGAUAGAUUUUGGUGGUGAUGAGAAGCUGGGUCUUGCUCCUGAUACUUUUAUGGCCCAAGUUUCUUCCACCUGGACGUGUACUACCUUUUGCCUGCAAGGAUAACUUCUGGGAGAUGGGCGAUACUGGCCCUUGCAGUGAGAUUCAUUAUGAUAGAGUUGGUAAAUUCUAUCAUAAUGAAUCUGGAACCUUGCAUUUAUUCGGGUGUGCUCCUAGAGUUUGGUAAAUUCUGCUUUGAAUUGGCAUUUGAUUGGGAUGGACUAUAAUAUUCUCUACGUACUAAAAUUAUUUAGGUAUUGGUUUGUUUUUCUUUUAUGAAUUCUGUGGUUAUAUGUUAAUAUUGACACUGGGAUGGGAUUUGCAAGAUGACUUCUGUACUUCAGAACAAGAUGAGCAAUUAUGCAUGUUCACGCCUAUAUUUGAUGCUAUUCAGCUGAUUGCUUUUGCAAUCCCAUAUUCUGGGAAAGUUGGAGAGGAUGAUGUAAGACAAAGUUGACAUGGCCCUGUAUUUGCAGAUCAUAUAUAAGAACGCUUUCAUUUGCCAUUGCUGAUGCUUGUUAUAUCCAGGCAAUUAAUGAUGGUCGUGAAUAUGUUCUGAGACGUAUCCUUGGUCGAGCCGUCCGAUAUGGAAGAGAAUUCCUAAAAGCACAAGGGUCACUACUGGGCUACACCCAAUUAACUCGAUCAGUCAUUAGUCAUUGGUUGAAGUCCUGUAUAAUGUCUAUACAAUCUAGUAUCGCUGCUCUAAUUUUUUAUUUUACCGAUCAGAGAAAUCUUGUAUUUUCGAAUUGUAUGGGUAGAAUUGAAUUUUUGUAUACCAUCAAGUCAAGCAAGUGAACAACAAUGUACGUUGUCCGCGUGAUGUGUCCGAUAUGCACAAUAAUUUGUCAUGGCAAAAUUAUUGUGUAGAAGCUUUCACAUCCGUCUUGUACGGCUACAAGGAUCAUUCAAAUGCGAUGACAUGAAUUACUUUGGAGUUAUUUUCCGGCCAGAAGAACUCGUUGAGGUUGUGAUGUGUAAGCUGGUGACAAUAAUCUCGAUCAAUCGAUGGCGACUACUGUAGUUUUGGACGGAAAUAGCAGCUAGGAAUCUGUGAUUAUAUAGACAUGGGCUGAACUUCAAGAUCCGAUCGGCCUUAACGGACUGCGCGGCCCAAUUUUAAUAGAGAGGAGAAAAGAACUAAAAAGGUUACGUGUCCUUUGUGGUGAAUAUUAGCCACCAAUCCUAUAGAGUCAUUUCCCUCCACAAAUAUACCUGUAAUAACUAACCGUCACAACUAAGAUACUCUCUCUUGCUUCUGAGUGAUGCUUUGCUUUAGAUUAUCAAACUGUUUACUACUUAGAAUUGAGAGAUUGGAAUUCCCCAAAUUCAAUAUAACCUCUGAACCCGCUCGCGGCCAUGGUCGCUACCGUCGCAGCCGGAGGAGUUAGUAUCGGAGUCACCAAACUCCACCCUCACCAAUCAAAGCCCACCUCCCAGUUUCUCGGGAACAAGCUCAGAAUAAUCAAGCCCUCUCGUUCAGUCAAAACCAGCUCAAACACUAGAACAGUGGUGGUUUUCGCUUCGGGCGGGGAGCUGAUCCACGCGGUUCACGACCUGUUUUUGGGCGUUGGGGUGGGGCUGCCCUGCACCGUGAUGGAGUGCGGUGAUAUGAUCUACAGAAGCACUCUCCCCAAAUCUAAUGCCUUGACGCUUACGGUUCCUGGUGCCAUUUUGGCUAUGGGGACUCUUUCUUAUCUGUGGGCCACUCCCGGUGUCGCUCCCGGGUUCUUUGACAUGUUUGUGCUUGCUUUUGUUGAGAGGUUUUUCAGACCCACUUACAAGAAGGAUGACUUUGUGUUGGGGAAGAAGUUGGGUGAAGGAGCUUUUGGGGUGGUGUACAAAGUUUCAUUAGCUAACAAGAAGGCCAAGAAAGAGGAGGCAUUGGUGCUGAAAAAGGCUACUGAAUAUGGUGCGGUGGAGAUUUGGAUGAACGAGAGGGUGCGAAGGGCGUGUGCGAACAGCUGUGCUGAUUUUAAGUACGGCUUCCUUGAGAGUUCUUCAAAGCAAGGAGCUGAGUAUUGGCUUAUAUGGCGGUUUGAAGGGGAAGCCACACUUUAUGAUUUGAUGCAAAGCAAAGACUUUCCCUACAAUGUCGAAACCAUGAUAAUUGGAGAAGUCCAGGACUUGCCAAAGGGUCUGGAAAGGGAAAAUAGAAUCAUUCAAACUAUAAUGAGACAGCUCUUAUUUGCAUUGGACGGUCUUCACUCUACAGGGAUUGUGCACAGGGAUAUAAAGCCUCAGAAUAUUAUUUUCUCUGAAGGGUCUCGUACGUUCAAGAUCAUUGAUCUUGGAGCUGCAGCAGAUUUGAGAGUUGGCAUCAACUACAUUCCCAAGGAAUUUCUUUUGGAUCCAAGAUAUGCUGCACCAGAGCAAUACAUCAUGAGCACACAAACACCAUCUGCACCGUCUGCUCCAGUGGCAACAGCACUUUCUCCAGUUCUAUGGCAGAUGAACUUGCCCGAUAGAUUCGAUAUCUACAGUACCGGGCUCAUUUUUCUACAAAUGGCAUUCCCAGGAUUACGUACUGACAGCGGCCUGAUUCAAUUCAACCGCCAGCUUAAAAGAUGUGAUUAUGACUUGGUUGCAUGGAGGAAUACAGUUGAGCCUCGAGCUGGCUCUGACCUACGAAAAGGUUUUGAGUUGUUGGAUUUAGAUGGUGGAAUUGGAUGGGAACUUCUGACAUCAAUGGUUCGAUACAAACCAAGACAAAGAAUCAGUGCAAAAACGGCUUUAGCAUGUCCCUACUUUGACAAGGAAGGCCUGUUGGCACUGUCUGUCAUGCAGAGUCUGAGGCUGCAACUCUUCCGGUACACACAACAAGACUAUGGGGGGGCUGCCAGAUGGGUUACUCGGCUAAUGGCAAGAUCCGGAACCAAGCAGGAUGGUGGCUUCACUGAAGCUCAGCUCCAGGAGCUUAUGGAAACGGCGCCUAAGAAGAAGUCUAGUCCUCGAAGAAAUGUUCUUGCUUCAGCUCUCUGGCUCCAGAGGAAGAUUGUGAGAACAUUGAAUGAGAGCAUGAAUGAGCUUAACAACCAAAGGAAGAGUCUCUGGUGGAGCAAGUGGAUUCCCAAAGAGGAGUGAAGCUUGCAAAGACAAACACAUACAUAUUUUCUUUUUCAUCAUGUAAAUGUUGUGUAGCAAUAUCAAUUGACCAGCUUGGUGACAUAGAAUUAUGUCUAAACUACAUAUGAAACGAAGUAGCUCGAACCUAAAGAAUACAUACCUUGAAUGUAGUGAUCAAGCAAUUUGUAUAUUU